AAACGGGGAUCAGAAGGCGGCCCACCAGGAGUGAGCUGGAGAUGCCCGGUCUCUCUUGGGAUGGGAUUCAAAGGCUUAGGGAAAUUGGAAUACUUGAGUGGAUUUGUCACUUAAAACCCACUCACCCACACUGGAGGGUCCAGAGAACACACCUUUUACCAAUACUUUGAGAAGCAGAUUUGUGAGGGGGCCCCGGCAUCCCUGGUUGCUCCUCUCUGCAGGCUGGACCUUACGGUGGGAACCACAGUCACUCAGUUGUAAAACUUACAUGCAGUGGGAACAAUUAGAUCCGGGAGAGGCAGGGGCCAAGUGUCACCACUCAGCUGCUGAAGGCAAGAUGUCUGUCAGGAACACAGAAGCAAAUCCACCAUUAGAAUAAUCUGACUGUUGCGCCCCAGUCGGAGUAAGGGCCUAUAGGGGGCCUGGUGAUGAAUGGAGUUUUAGCUCAGGUCUGACUCUGAGUGGGUUGAGUGGGUCCCUGGACCCCUCCUGUGGUUAUUUCCCCCAUUCCAGCUGCACAAUUGGAAUAAGUGUACUCAGCAGCUGGCGGAAAAUCCCCAUGUGGGUUCCCUAAGCUGUGGAGUAAGGGCCGUUAUGGUGGGAAAGGCUAAAUGGAAGCCAUAGAGCUGCCUCUACCUAGGAAAAUUGUAAAUCAAAAACAGCAGCACAUCCCUGGAGAUUGUAGAGAUUAGUGCCACCAUCAAAGACUUGAAAGAUGCAGGGGCGGAGAUCUUUACCACAUCCCCACUCCGCUCUCCUGUUCGGCCCUGUGCAGAAGACGGCUGCAUCCUGGAGAAUGGCAGGGGAUUAUCGUGAGCUCACCAGGUGGUGACCUCAGUUGCAGCUGCCGUACCGUGCGGUUUCAUUGCUCGAGCGGGCGAAUGCAUCUCCUGGACCUGCCGUGCAGCUUCUGAUGUGGGUAGUAUUCCUUCAUGGAGACAUUGAUCACCCUUCCGUUCUGCAAGCUAUCACACUGGUCCACGACACUGAUGGCAUUUUACUAAUUGGACCUAGUGAGCAUGAAGCAGCUACUCUGUACUUACUGGUUGUCAAGGUGAAGCCCCACGACAAGGACGCCAAAAUGAAAUACCAGGAGUGCAACAAGAUCGUGAAGCAGAAGGCCUUUGAGCGGGCCAUCGCGGGCGACGAGCACAAGCGCUCCGUGGUGGACUCACUGGACAUCGAGAGCAUGACCAUUGAGGAUGAGUACAGCGGACCCAAGCUUGAGGAUGGCAAAGUGACAAUCACUUUCAUGAAGGAGCUCAUGCAGUGGUACAAGGACCAGAAAAAACUGCACCGGAAAUGCGCCUACCAGAUUCUGGUACAGGUCAAAGAGGUCCUCUCCAAGCUGAGCACGCUCGUGGAAACCACACUCAAAGAGACAGAGAAGAUUACAGUAUGCGGGGACACCCAUGGCCAGUUCUAUGACCUCCUCAACAUAUUCGAGCUCAACGGUUUACCCUCGGAGACCAACCCCUAUAUAUUUAAUGGUGACUUUGUGGACCGAGGCUCCUUCUCUGUAGAAGUGAUCCUCACCCUUUUCGGCUUCAAGCUCCUGUACCCAGAUCACUUUCACCUACUUCGAGGCAACCACGAGACAGACAACAUGAACCAGAUCUACGGUUUCGAGGGUGAGGUGAAGGCCAAGUACACAGCCCAGAUGUACGAGCUCUUUAGCGAGGUGUUCGAGUGGCUCCCGUUGGCCCAGUGCAUCAACGGCAAAGUGCUGAUCAUGCACGGAGGCCUGUUCAGUGAAGAUGGCGUCACCCUGGAUGACAUCCGGAAAAUCGAGCGAAAUCGACAACCCCCAGAUUCAGGUCCCAUGUGUGACCUGCUCUGGUCAGAUCCACAGCCGCAGAACGGGCGCUCAGUCAGCAAGCGGGGCGUGAGCUGUCAGUUUGGGCCUGACGUCACCAAGGCCUUCUUGGAAGAGAACAACCUGGACUACAUCAUCCGCAGCCACGAGGUCAAGGCCGAGGGCUAUGAGGUGGCUCACGGAGGCCGCUGUGUCACCGUCUUCUCUGCCCCCAACUACUGCGACCAGAUGGGGAACAAAGCCUCCUACAUCCACCUCCAGGGCUCCGACCUGCGGCCUCAGUUCCACCAGUUCACAGCAGUGCCUCAUCCCAACGUCAAGCCCAUGGCCUACGCCAACACGCUGCUGCAGCUAGGAAUGAUGUGAGGCGAUGGGCGGGGCGGCCUGCACCCCAGGGCCCCUCCACUCCCACCGGACCCCGGCCCUGGGCCAGGGGCAGAGCAGGCCCCGCCCCAGGGCAACGUUGGACCCCCUUUUACUUUGUAAAGUUUGUAUUUAUUCCCCUUUAGGUUUGCAGAGGGGGUAGGGGCAGAGUCAGGGGCUGGCCAGAGGGUCUGCUCCCUGGACAGAGAGGAAGGAGGUGGAGCAGCUGGGGCUGGGAGCACAGCCCGGGCAUUCUGUGGGGAGGCCGUCCUCGGGGCGGGGUGGGGCUGAGUGGCUGCCCUGCCCCCCUCGUUUGCAUGGCUCCUCCCCCACUCAAGCAAUAGUGCCCUGCCAUAGGAAGACCCCCAGAGAGAGGGUCAGCAGGGGGGCCUCGCCUGCGCCUCCCCUCCUGUAGCCCCAUGGUGGGGCUAGGCUGGGGCUCACCCCCCUCCCCAGCUAUUUUAUGUCUGUAAUUAAAUAUGUUAAAAUAAAGUCAUUAUCGGAAGUCA